UAAUUUAGAAGUCAUUCGUUCGAUCCCACAUUCAAUAUCAUUACUUCGUAUUCACACUCCUUUCAGCUGCUGACUGUCGUCAAACUAAAGGAGCAAAAGAACCCACCAAAUCGGAGUUUUCCCUUCCGGCCAUCUAGCUCUGUCGCUCUACCAAGCCCACACUCUGGCCCACCGCUUCGAACCUGCUUCAUUAUCACUUAGACUUGUAUCCCGUCUCGGUCGCGAUAUUUGCUGUUUCGGUCAAGCGCCGCUUCGUUACGUCGAGGACUCUAUAUCAAGUGGAUACCAUUGGGAGACAUCGAUUGCCUUCAUAUACGUUUGCCCGCCUGCUGCGAGGUUUCGGCCAAGACACUCCUAGCAUUCCUCCAUAUCCACUGGGGUCCAGAUAAACUUACCUUUGAGCUAUAUUGUUUGCCUGCGUGUGAGGGAGGAGCCUUGGCGAAUAUCUCUCCUUGCAGAAAUGGGUCAGUCUCAUUCCAAGGGCAAUUCCGGCGCUGGGGAUUCGCUGCAAUCCUACCCCUCAUUCUCGAAAUCUGAUACCAAAGAGUCACUCCGCUCCUUCCGAGGAUCUAUCAGGUCGAAGAUUCGUAGCAGCGACAGUCCGCGGGCGUCAACCUCAGCUUUAAACCAAUCCGAUGACAAAUCCGAUGCAGGUUCAAUGAAAUCAGUCGGAAGCAGACGCAGUUCCACUAAUCUGAGUCGACCUGCCUCGGCGGAUUCCUCCGCUGCGUCACCCACCGAUGCUCCGGAUCCUCCGCCGUCGCCCACUAUGUCAAGCAGCUUGAAGCGCGGCCAUCAGGAUGUAGCUGCCAUGAAGCAGAGUGGCGAGGUGGACCACGUCUCUGAUGCUCCGCCGUCUGCAGCGCCGCCCCCGGGCUCGCAAGCUAAAGUAGGAGAAUCCAUUCUUAUCAAACGGGAGGACACGUCGAAUCCAAUCUUAGACUUUAUCAUGAAAACACCGCUCCACUCAGACGCAUCAUCCUCUUCGCCAGGUAUGGGUAUGGGUGCCCUAAAGUCGAUUGAUCUUGAUGAUAUGAUCACUCGUCUUCUGGACGCGGGAUAUUCCACCAAGGUCACCAAGACAGUUUGCUUGAAGAACGCUGAGAUUACAGCCAUUUGCACUGCCGCACGAGAGUUGUUCCUCAGUCAGCCAGCAUUGUUGGAGCUUUCAGCCCCAGUGAAGAUCGUCGGGGACGUGCAUGGCCAAUACACUGAUCUCAUCAGAUUGUUUGAGAUGUGCGGUUUUCCUCCAGUUUCGAACUACCUUUUUCUCGGCGACUAUGUGGAUCGCGGGAAACAAAGCUUAGAGACGAUCCUCCUUCUCCUUUGUUAUAAGCUCAAGUUUCCAGAAAACUUCUUCCUCUUGCGCGGUAAUCAUGAGUGCGCUAACGUAACUCGAGUGUAUGGAUUUUAUGACGAAUGCAAGCGGCGUUGCAAUAUCAAGAUCUGGAAAACGUUCGUCGACACGUUCAAUUGUUUGCCAAUUGCAGCUACCGUCGCUGGCAAGAUCUUCUGUGUGCAUGGUGGCCUCUCGCCGAGUCUGUCCCAUAUGGAUGAUAUCCGAAAUAUCGCCCGGCCGACUGACGUGCCGGAUUACGGGUUACUGAACGACUUGCUUUGGAGUGACCCCGCCGACAUGGAUGAAGACUGGGAGCCUAAUGAGCGCGGAGUCAGCUAUUGUUUCAACAAAAACGUCAUAAUGAACUUCCUCCAGCGACAUGACUUUGACCUGGUCUGUCGCGCGCACAUGGUCGUCGAGGAUGGCUACGAGUUCUAUCAGGAUCGAAUACUCGUAACCGUGUUCUCUGCUCCAAACUAUUGUGGCGAGUUCGAUAAUUGGGGUGCUGUCAUGUCCGUCUCGGGCGAAUUACUCUGUAGUUUUGAGUUGUUGAAACCUCUGGAUUCUGCGGCAUUAAAGAGUCAUAUCAAGAAGGGCCGCAAGGAAAGGAAUAGCCUGAUUAACAGUCCUCCUGCUGUUGUUUCGGCCCAAAGCUUUUAGAAUCCCUGGUUUACGUGCCAAUAAUUUCUUAUCCGCUAUAUGUCACCCAUCUAAGGGAUCUGGAUCCUCAUCUUGUGGUUGGUCAGUGUCUUUUGCCACCUAGGACCAUCGACGUUCGUUAUUGGACUGCCAAUUGAAUCGCCGCCGGUUCACAACUCGCGCCACUGUUUUUUUCCAGUGUGCGCGUUCCGCAGGUGAUAGCGGCCCGGUCCGCGAAUGAACACGGCGAAAUGAGUUCUCCGACACUGGAAAAGAGUGUUCGAUCUGAGACCGUAUUUCCAUAUCAUCCAGUAUGACAAUAUGGGACGUGGCAGGUCCGCAGGGGUCAGCAUUACUUCAUCAGUCGCAUGAGAUACCCCGUGUCCCCUAACAACGAAUACUACAGUAUAAAGACUAGGGCAAACGAUAUCUUAUCUCUCUAACAUACGUGCUUUCGUGCAAGAGAUGCAUCAAAAGCGAGCAUAUGCCGUUUUCUAUGGAAGGAAUAGGCGGAGUUGUGAUUGUCCUAUCUGUUGUUUAUUGGUCUGCUGUUUCUCUCGUUGUCUAACAAAGAGCUUUAUGUUUGAUGGUAUACGGAUAAGCAUUCUAUUCGGGCCGGUGGCCUGCAGCGUGAUUACUUUCAUCCUUGUUAUUAUCUCAAUUUACAUGUGGAGUACACGGUUUUAGGGCUUUUAGAUAGGAACUAGCAUGGCAUACAGGACGUCUGAUAUAUGUC